UAGGACAAUUUCUGGGAGAUGGGAGACGUUGGACCCUGUGGACCGUGCUCAGAGAUCCACUACGAUCGCAUUGGCGGAAGACAUGCAGCUCACCUGGUCAACAUGGAUGACCCUGAUGUGCUGGAGAUCUGGAACUUGGUUUUCAUCCAAUUCAACAGAGAGUCCGAUGGCAGCUUAAGGAGCUUGCCCAAUAAACACAUCGAUACUGGGCUUGGGCUGGAGCGUGUGACGUCCAUCUUACAAGAGAAGACCUCCAACUACGACACCGAUUUGUUCGUACCUCUGUUCACUGCGCUACAUAAGGCCACUGGCGCGAGGCCAUACACUGGAGAAGUGGGUGCCGCGGACAAGGAUGGUCUGGACAUGGCCUACAGAGUGGUGGCUGAUCACAUCCGCACACUUUGUAUUGCCAUUAGUGACGGCGGCAUUCCCAGUUCUGUUGGCCGUGGUUACGUCUUGAGGCGUAUCAUCCGUCGUGCGGUUCGGUACCUUUCGGAGAAGCUGGAUGGCAAGUCCGGCACCUUCGCCGGAUUGGUUCCCACCGUAAUAGAGAUUCUCGGAGAUGCAUUUCCCGAGCUCCGAAAGAGCGAGACUCUCAUCCAAGAAAUUCUACAAGACGAGGAGGACACGUUCCGUCGCACUUUGACGAAGGGAAAAAUCACAUUCGAGAAGGCAUGUGAAACACAACUGGUAGACAACACCCUGCCGGGUGCAGUGGCAUGGAAACUAUACGACACAUAUGGAUUCCCCGUCGAUCUAGUGACACUUAUGGCUGAGGAGAGAGGUGUGCAGGUGGAUAUGGCUGGAUACGAAGCUAGCAAGGAAGAAGCCAAGUUAAUAUCUCAGGGCGGUGGUUCUAAAGCGGUUGACCAAGUUAACUUGGAUGUGCAUCAGAUUGCUGUGUUGAAGAUGGAACGCGAACUAGCGCCUACAGACGACAGUGCUAAGUACGACUAUGCGAAAGACAAGUCAAACUACUACAAGUUCGCCUCAACCGACGCCGAAGUACAGGCCAUUGUGGUGGGCAAGGAGUUUGUCGACUCAGUGCACAGCGAAAGCGCCGACAAACUGGUGGGUGUUCUGCUUAACAAGACAUGUCUGUACGCCGAACAAGGAGGUCAGAUAUACGACAAGGGCUUCAUUUCCGCUGGCGAUGAUGUCGACUUCGAGGUGACUGGCUGUCAAGUGUACGGUGGAUACGUAUUACACACAGGCACACUCGCGUCUGGUUCACUCAAAGUGGGCGAUGCAGUCAAUGUUAGCAUUGACAGUGACAGGCGUGUUCCGGUGAUGCGAAACCACACGGCUACACAUCUGCUUAACUAUGCUCUGUGGCAGACGCUCGGAGACGGCGUGGACCAGAAGGGAUCGCUGGUUACAGCCGACAGGCUCCGAUUCGACUUCUCCACCAAUGCUCCUGUGAAGCCCGAUCAGGCGGCGGAGAUUGAGAAGACAGUGAACGAUUUCAUCACCAAAGGAUCACACGUGUACUCAGAAGUCACACCAUUGCAUCUAGCAAAUGAAAUCAAGGGUCUAAGAGCCGUAUUCGGCGAGACUUAUCCAGACCCCGUGCGUGUAGUAAGUAUAGGAUUCGGAGUAGACGGCCUGGUGAAGGCUCCGGCUGACCCCCAAUGGCUGUCCACAUCCAUUGAGUACUGUGGAGGUACGCACGUUGAGAAUACAGCUGAUCUGCAGUCGUUUGUACUGGUUGCUGAGGAGGCUGUGCAGAAGGGUGUGCGACGGGUGGUGGCCCUAACCGGAAACGAAGCUAAGGAGGCGACCGCCAUGGCCCAAUACCUGAAGACCGCCGUGGACGAUGCCAAGAAACUCAAAGUGGAGGAGAGCUCUAAGGUGAUCAAUGCACUCAGGGAACAGAUUGAUACCUCUGUCAUGUCACUGACGCAGAAGGACAAUCUCAGGAAGGACCUGGAUGUGCUCAAGAAGGCGUAUGGCGACUGGGUGAAGUCUCAGAGGGCUGUGAAGGAGAAGGAGGCCGUAGCUGUCAUGAAGAAAUUCGCCGAGGAAUCGCCAGACGCCAAAUUCCUCAUCACCAAAUUGGGCGACAAUUUUGAUGUAAAGGCUCUACAAGCCGCUAUUAAGGCGGCCACAACGGUGAAUCCUCUUGCUGCUGUACUUGUAUCGUCCGUAAACGAUGGUAAGACUAUCUUCUUGGCCAAUGUUGGCAAGCCAUUGGUGGCUUCUGGUUUCAGCGCAAAGGACUGGAUCGCCUCAGUGUCUGGUAAGACAGGUGGCAAGGGUGGCGGCAAACCACUAUCCGCCCAAUGCAUGACCGACACUCCCAACUGCCAAGACCAAGGACUAGAGAUCGCCCGAGAGUUUGCGCUGUUGAAGCUCUCUGCGUAAACCUCUGCCCAUAUGCAUGUCCGGGUGCCCUAACCCCUCUGCAACCACACGCACCAGCAAGCAGUCUGGUGACACUGUAAUGGGCCUCCUGGCAUAGAUAGAGCGUGCCAUAAGCGAUUGUUCGGUGCAAGUCUCAGAGCGCGGGGGCACCGUGUGCUUUGGUCAAAUAUACGCGGCGUCUCUUCGGAUGUAGUGCAGAUGUGAAGCUAGUACUGGACGCCGGUGGCGUUGGUAACUGCCAUUGGUGCGUGUUUGUGUGUGUGUCGUUUUUGUUGCUGCCUGGUGUGUGUAUGUGUGUGUGUGUGUAUGCUAUAGGGGUCUCGCACAUGUAUGUACGUGGACACCCAUCACAUGCAUAGGCGUGUCAGACUUAGCAAACGCGUUGACUCGGGCUUACACGGGACUGCUCGGGGGUUACCGGUGGAUGUUAAAGCCAGAGGACAGGACACUUUCUGUCGGUUGGAGCGGACAGGUGCUGUGGCUGCCUGGUGUGUUCAGGGGCAAACGUGUUACUCCCGGCAUAGCUAGCCAUGGACUGAACAGAUGAACGGCAGUGCAUUAGUUGACUACGUUUUAAUAACGGGUUAGAGGUUUAGAAUAAAGUGGAACCGACUAGGUUGAAAACUGCAUCCUCGUG